AUGAGAGAGGAGCUGGCGGAACAGCUCAAAUCGCGCGCCAAUGCGGAGGUGCGCGCUGGGCGCUGGCGGGCGGCGGCUGCUCUUUAUGGGCAGGCGUUGGCUGGGGUACAGGCCGAUGAUGAUCGGACAGGAGAAGACAGAAAGAAGACCAUUGCGGCUGUUAUCAAUCUGAAUCUGGCCCAUGUCUGUCUAAAGGCCGCGGCCGAGUCAGACACUUUGCCUCGAGACAGGCGCCACCGAACUCGCGAUGCCCAGCAGGCCCUAGACCGCAUCGAUCCCCUGCUCCUCACACAGACUCAGCAGCAAAAGCUGGAUCACCGCCACUCCCUAACCGCCCAAUCCCUGGCCGCCAAUCCGGCCAGCGAGCACCCAGACUUGACAGGCACGCGUCGGCUGCCACCAGGUGCCAGCGAGCCCCGCAGCCCAGCCCUACACGUGCGCCGCCUUCCGCACAAAGGCCGUGCCCUUUUCACUUCAACGCCCCUUGCCGCUGGUGACGUGCUGCUGCGUGAACGCGCCUUUGCUAGCAUCCUUGCCCCGACCACAACCCAAGAAAACUACCUCCGUUGUCACGAAUGCCUGGACGAGUCUUGGGCGCCUUUGCCUUGCCCCAAUUGCCCCCGUGUCUUUUGUAGCACAGAGUGCCACGCCAAAGCCAAUCAUUGGCACCUCGAAGCAUGCCCUGCUACUCCGCCGGGUAGUGAGGUUACCCCUUUGAAGCCAAGCUCGCUUCGUCAAGCCCUGGCUGCCCGAGUCGCCUCUUGCUUGGCACAGUCUGACCCAUCCUGCGAUGCCACCACUUUGGAUACCGUGCGGCCGCGCUCCGACCCGGAUCCAACCGGCAUCCUUGGACUGCAACAUUCAUCAAACCAAACAGAAGGAGACGAAGACAUGAAGGAAGACGACGACGACGACGAUGACGGCGACAAAGCCUCUGCCGUUGCCGUGCACCAGGGCAGCUGGGCGCAGUCUCAUGCACAUCUCCCGUCUCAGCCUUGGUGGCAGUCAGCAAAAUGCACACAAUGCGAUCUUACCACAGUCACUGGCCUGCGACAACAUCUGCUAAGAGUCUUACGACAUAAUCAGCACGGCUUGGCGCAGGUCGAGUUGCAACCGUCUGAGCAAAACGGCGAGGUUGGAGUGGUGCAUCAAGUAUACGGUGCCGGCCUCUUUGUACAUGGCAGUUUGUUCAACCACAGCUGUGUCCCAAACGUGCACCUACACUUUCAUGGCGAUGAACUGGUGGCCACCGCCUCCAAACCCAUUCCUGCCAAUAGCGAGCUCACAAUAUCUUACGGACCGUUGGCCGUGCGCGACGCCUGGCAUGCAGCCCGUCAGACACAGCUACGCAACACCUUCAAUUUUGCAUGCCAAUGUAUCGCCUGCGCCCCAGCACAGGCCGCAAACCUUUUCCCCAGCGCCCGCUGCAUUGCUUGUGGCCAGCCGUUGCGCGUCACUGGUGCCUCCUUCUUCAGUCUCAAACUCUUGCAAGUGCUACGACCCAGAGCCUUGGUCCAAGCCACAAGCUGCUCUGUCUGCGGGGCUGCGGGUAUGGAUGCCGUGGACUUACCGGCCUUGGUCCAAGACCGUCAGGAGCUUUUGGACUUGGCAGGUGUGCCAACCAUUUCUCCUGCCUCCCGAACUACUUGGGAGCAUGAGAUUAAGACACGCUGUCAUGCUUUAGCGAGCCAGUACGAGCCUCUGCAUCCAGAUCUCCUGGAAUUGUUCGAUGCCGUGGCUCGCCGACUAGCUAUCGAAUUGGGGGAUGCCGCAGCCGCAAAGCCAUGGGUGGAGCAAACUUUGGCCAUUGUAGAGCAUGCAUACGGCCAACACAGCCGCGAAGCUGCGGAGGAGCAUGCAAAACUAGCUUCCCUCUCAGCCCGAUCCAAAUGAACGGUGGCCGCUCACCCUAUGCCCCAUCAGACACUUCGCCUUUCUAAAGAAUAGAUUUUCUCAAAAG